CGGGUCUCCACGUCAUCAUCCCGUAUUCGUACUGUACCUCCGUACGGUUCUCCACGUCAUCAUACUUGCAGUACUAAAGGUCCGACCCGACCCAAUUUUCAUAACCCGUACGUCUUCCUCCGCUCCCUAAGCUUCCCUUCUCAUGGCUGUCAACCGAUAACACGUAAAAUUGAAAUAAUAAUAAAAAUAAAAUAACAAAAAAUAAAGAAGAAACCAAAAUCAAAUAUUAUUUCUGAAUAAUAUCGAACGAAAGCUAAUAAUUUCGUUUUUCAAAACAAUUCAUCAAGUGUUGUGAACUCAAACUGGUUUUCCGAUCAGAUUUUCGUGGUUUUCCGAUGCCCGGCGGUCAGAAAAGUUACUCGGUGAAUCCGAGCGAUUAUAAGAUUCUAGAAGAAGUUGGAUAUGGAGCAAGUGCAACUGUGUAUAGAACGAUCUAUAUACCCUUCAAUGAAGUUGUAGCAGUAAAGUGCUUGGAUCUCGAUCGCUGUAAUAGCAAUCUGGAUGAUAUUCGUAGGGAAGCUCAAACAAUGAGUUUAAUUGGCCAUCCAAAUUUAAUAAAAGCAUUUUGUUCAUUCGUUGUUGAUCACUACCUUUGGGUGGUGAUGCCCUUCAUGGCCGAGGGUUCUUGUCUGCACCUCAUGAAGAUAGCAUAUCCAGAUGGAUUUGAGGAGGCUGUUAUUGGUUCUAUCUUGAAAGAUACUCUCAAGGCUUUGGAAUAUCUCCAUCAACAUGGGCACAUUCAUCGAGAUGUUAAGGCUGGGAAUAUAUUGCUGGACACUAAUGGGGUAGUAAAGCUCGCUGACUUUGGUGUUUCUGCAUGCAUGUUUGACAGUGGUGACAGGCAGCGCUCUAGAAAUACCUUUACAGGAACUCCAUGCUGGAUUGCACCAGAAGUUUUGCAGCCUGGAACUGGAUAUGAUUUCAAGGCUGACAUUUGGUCAUUUGGAAUAACUGCCUUAGAGCUGGCUCAUGGUCAUGCACCAUUUUCGAAGUACCCUCCAAUGAAGGUUCUGCUGAUGACCAUAAACAGUGCUCCUCCUGGACUUGAUUAUGACCGUGAUAAGAAAUUCUCAAAGUCAUUCAAGGAAAUGGUUGCAAUGUGCUUGGUGAAAGAUCAAACUAAAAGGCCAACUGCUGAAAAAUUGUUGAAGCACACUUUUUUCAAAAAAGUUAAGCCUUCCGAGCUUUCUAUAAAGAAACUGUUUGCCGACUUACCAUCGCUAGGGAGCCGAGUAAAAAUCCUCCAGCUUAAAGAUGCUGCACAACUAGCCUCGAAGAAAAUGCCUUCAUCCGAGCAGGAAGCAAUAUCACAGAGUGAAUACCAACGAGGUGUUAGUGCCUGGAACUUUGAUCUGGAGGAUUUGAAGUUUCAAGCUUCAAUGGUGCAAGAUGAUGACGAAAUACCGGAGAUUAGGGAAGAAGAUGAAAGCAUAAAAUCUUAUAUGAACUACAAGGAGAAUUCAGUUUCUGCUCUAAAUGCUGGAAAAUCAUCCUUAAAACAAGAUAUCAUUUCCAGUGAGCAAGGAAGUGUUGGUGAAGUGAGAUUAGCUGAAUGCCAGAGAAAGAAGGGAGAAGACUUGGAAUGUAAUAAACUGGAUUCCGACCAUCAGGAGGAAGGCGGAUUGAGGAAGAAUUCAUCAAAAACAGAGCUGCCACCCCUUACCUCAGAUAAAGAUGCAGUGCAAGCCAAGAGUAAAUGUCAAACAGCAAAAGCUUGUCGAAGUCAGAGUGGACCACUUAUGCCAGGUGUUGAGUUAAGUCAUUCGGCAUCAGAAAGAGCUGGAAACUUUGAAAGAAGUAAGAUUGAAAACCAACAAGCAGAAAAAGCUCAUCAAGUACGAAGGGCGCCCAGCUUUAGUGGCCCUCUAAUGCUUCCAAACCGAGCUUCAGCAAAUAGUAAAUCAGCCCCAAUUAACUCAUCUGGGGGUUUCAAAGAUUCUUCGGAUGACAAGUCCACGGCCAACUUGGUUCAAAUAAAAGGGAGGUUUUCUGUGACAUCAGAAAAUGUAGAUCUUGUAAAGGGGUCACAAUUGAAGAAGACUGCUAGUGUUGGAGACUGGAUAUUGGAAUCUAAACUGAUGCCUCCCAGUCGAAUACCAAAGGAGCUUGGCCUUGAUAAUAUUCCUGCCUCAGUUCUGAUGCCUCACCUACAAAAUCUUUUUCAACAGACAUCAAUCCAACAGGAUCUAAUUGCGAAUCUGUUGAGUAGCUUGCAACCAUCCGAGGCAGGAGAUGCUCCGCAACAUGGAAAGUCGUCUCAACAGUGUGUUGCAGAGAAUAAUGGAUGUGUUGAUAUAGCUGUUUCUGAGAGGGAGCGCAUGCUGCUAGUCAAAAUAUCCGAGCUUCAAGCUAGGAUGAGUAGCUUGACGGAUGAAUUAACUACUGAAAAGCUUAAAUACAUGCAGUUGCAACAGCGGCUAAAUGCCAUGUCAAGUCAGGGGGAAGAUUGGAACAGGAGAGAAUCUGAAUCUUGAUGCUGAAAGAUCGCCUUGAAGUAUUAACAAUGUGUAUAUUCAGAUUGAGUUAUAUAGGACAGAGCCGAGUUCACUAUUCGUAUGGCUGGAAAAAUUCAUCGAUGAAUAGAAGCUCAAUGUGGAAUAAUCCAGCUCCAACUGAUGAAUAAACAAGAUCAUCAGUUUGUAGAGAAUUUCUUCAUUUAUUUAGUGAGUGCGAGCUGAAAACAAGCUUUCUGUGCAGUCCAUGUCUCCAGUGCCAGAAGUUUAUUUUUAUUUAUGCUGGAAAAUACUAUAGUCCUUGUGAUGCGCAGACCCUCUUGGUCGGUCUCCCCUAAGGUGGGGGCCCAGCUGCGGAGGGUUCUGGGGCGAAAGCUACUUUAUUCUGUAAUUUGAAUGCACCAUUAAGCUGUAAUUUUGUUUAUAUUGUAUACCUAGUGACACAAACAGAUGCUUAUAGUAAGUCUUAUUAAAAAUCACUAUUCAAGCCGUAUUUUUGACCUUGCAUUUUGGCAAGUAUGGUACUAGUGAUGACUUUAUAAAUACUACAUUGUAUAAUUCGGAUACGUGUAAUGACAUCGUGGUGUGUACCUGUUAUCUUUUUGAUAACA